AUGCGUCCUGUUUUAUGCGAGGCCCUGCCCACGAGACACGAGUUGGGAGAGCUCUCCAAACCCUCUGUGAAGCCUGCUACAUCAGUUGAUCUCCAGUCACAAACCGAAAGAUCUAAUGAUCCUCUUCUUUUGCUCCCCAGCAGUGGCACCAUGCGAAAUAAACAGACGAAAGCUGGGACUCCUUUCACUAUCCUUGAAGGGUCCACUGCUUCCUGUUCCUCUACUGACACCAAGUGUAAUAUCAGUGCUAGCAUUACAACUAACAGCUCUGCUGUAAGUAGUUUGCCCGAGAUCGCUGUAACAACCACCACUAAUAGCAACAAUGCCAAUAACCUAGCCAGCGUCUUUUCACCUCCCGGACCUGAGAUUAAUCAGUCUAAUUCUGCCAUUUUGAAAAGCGGUUCCUUGGCUCGCUGUCUUAGCCAGAUUGAGGGCGUGAACAGUUUCCCGGGUCAGGCGCCUUAUGCUGCUAGCUGCAGCAUCUCCGGUCACACCAGUCUAGGAAUGUUCAAACAAAUGAAUGCCAUCAGCACUGGAGGCAUAUGCUCUGGCACUAGUUCUAGUGCCAUUUACAGCGUCGGCGGAAAGCCAACAACGACUGGUCCGAACAAUUCUGCUUUGUCUGAUCUUUCUAAGAUAUUGGUAGUUUCCGAGCAUCUUCAUCAUCAACAACAGAAACAGCAACAACUUAUGAAACGUAACACUUCUAGCAUUAAAACAACCACGGCAUCGACAAAGACUGCGCCAACUACGGCUCUAAGUAAUGUCAGCCUUACACCUCAGACAAGCUCGAUGCCUGGAGUUUCAUGUCCGCAAUCUGACGCCACAAGUGAUCCGGUUAUCAUGAGUAGUGGGGGGGGAGUUUAUAUUCAUCCUCAUUCUUACGCAUCGUCUAAAGCCAAAACAAUGACAUCAAGUGCGACGGAUACUUCAAGACGGGUGAUGGGUACUGGAGCAGAGAGAAUUAGGGCCGAAGAGACGGCUCAUCUAGCUGGGCGAGCACACGCCUUGAUCGCGGCUAACCAACCAGUGGCAGCCCUUGAGUUGGUUAGUGUUAAUUUAACUAAUUCCUUUGAUCACUAUACUUUUUAUCGAUAG